AUGGAGAAGGUCAGGUAUUACAAUGAGUUGUUAUACAAUGGGUUCUGGUGCUUUGAGAUGAUGACUGAAAGGAACUUGUCUGAAGCUGUUUGUGGGAUAUGUGGUGUAAUUGGAGAGGUGUAUUUGGGUGACGGAAAUGAAAAGAAUUGCUGUAGUAAUUCAAAGGUAGAGUGUACACAUGUGUUCAGAUAUAUUUACGUGUAAUAUUAUUUGUAUGGCUAGGAACUUGUUUUAAGCUUUAAUAAAGUAUAUCAACAUUUUGGAUUUUCACACAAAUGCGUAAAAUCACGUGUCAUAAUGUCAGAUGUCAGUUGCUGUGCAGAUAAUUGAUCUUCAUAGGCCACGUGCAAUGACAUAAAAUGUCGUCCUUGUUAGUAUUUUGUAUAUAAAGAAUACUAAUGAGGAUGAAAUUUUGAAAUAAAGAAUCUUAAUGAUGCAAGGUAAAAUUUGCUCCUCACUCUCCUGAGACUGAACUCAAAUGCAGCCCCCAGGCUUUUUUGUUUGACAGUGUUUUACCAAUGAUGGAUUUUAGCAGACGUGAUAGGUUGUUGCGCUCAUGAACUACUUACGAUUUUCUGUAACAUUGUCUUAUAUUUGUAUGCAGUGUUAUGUCUUUAAUUUAUAAUCUAUCAUUUGAUCUUUUAUUUGAUUUGAAUUUUGCUAUUGUUUGCCAGAUUGUAUAUCCCAGUGAUGGUGUUCCACUUAAGGAAAUGAUGGGCCUAGAAGAUUUUCUCCAAAAACUCAAGUUGCAUCUCAUGGAGAAAGUAAUUUACACCAAGGCCAAUAGUGAUUUGAUUAUUAACAGUGAAGAACUGCCACCGGUUAUUGCCCCAGUCCUCUGUGGCUUAGUGGUGUACAACUCGGAGAAUGACAAGGAAAGUGUUUUCUUGAAGAACUCUGUGGCAUCAGGUAACUACGCUGUAGGUGGCACGCAGGACUGUUACAUUUCAGUGAAAAAAUAUUUUGGGUACUCUUUAGAAUGUAGCUUUUGAAAUGCAGACAAUGAUCAGCUGAAAUUAGGGUGAGAAUUAAGAAUGAAAAAAGCUAUAGAUCUUGUAUUUAGAUAGAGCAUUUACAAGCACAAUUCAAUGCUGCAACUACAUAUAAUAUUAUAUUAUUUUAAAUAUUAUGGUACACCAAUACGGCUUAAAUCAUCAUAUUUAAUUUGUACCUUUUUUUUGUUUUUUUUGACUCUUUCGCCGACUUAGUUUUUGGUUUUGGAACCUUUUUGUGGUUAUCCUUUUCUAUCUUCUGACAAAUUUUGUUGCUUUUUAGAAUGUUAUGGCAUACUAUGGUACUAUAAAGAAUAUUCUGGACUGUUCAGUAUAGUAAAUUAUUGAUGUGUUUGCAUGCUUUCCUAAUAAACAUGUCGAUUUUAUCAUUGCUUCUAGGUGACCCUGCAAUCCUUCAUAAGGAAAUCAAAGAAAAGAACUUGAACAUGGCCAGAAUUCAGGAUUGUGCUGUUGACGAAUUGAAGGAGUUGUGUUCGCGUAACAACAUUCCUGUAUCUGGCAAGUCAAAGGUAAUACCUUUGAAGUUCAUUUGUCCUGAGCACUAAAAUGUUCUUGAGAAAUAGUAUUGUACAUGUAUUUUAAAGUACAUUAGUAUGACUGAUUCUUUCAUCAUGGUAGGUUUCCAUCCAAACAGAUGUAAAUGUUGGUCCUUUUUUGAAUAAAUCUGUACUUAUAGCAUCUUACUUGUACUUUCAUCUAUUUGUUGUGGUAAUUUCAUUAAAUGGGCGUUUUUAAGCAUGUUGAGAAAAAGUUUUAUUUUUUUUGCACUGUAUACGUUACGUGUUCUGUCAUUUUCCCUAGGUAAAAUUGUGCACUGAUCUUCAAGCUCUUUACAGUUCCAUGCUUGUUGGAUUGUGUCCCUGCCAUGGUUUCACUGAAGUACCUGGACAUACUGGAGGGUUUUACCAUCUGGUUUGCCGUCACGGUGUAAGUGUAUAUUAUGUGCUCUCUUUUUUGUCUCUUUUUAAAGGAUGUUGAACAGUUCUAUUCCAUUUCUUCUUCAGCGUACAGUUGCCUCAAAGUUUUUAACCCUUACGGAGUCCGUACGUGAUGCCGCCGAUUUAUAUAUGUCCCUGAAGUAUCCACCAAUUGUUUUCAUUUGUGAUUCUCCAUGUGGAAUGGUGCGUCAUCUUGAAUGUAGAGCGCCACAUCUAUGUGAAGCACUUUGGGGAGAAAAUUCAGGAUGUUUUGAAAAACCCGAGUAUGCCAAGAAACCUGCAGAGGUAUGUAUUAAUUUGUGUAACUAACUCAUGUUAUGGUUCUUUUGAGUUGACCUGUAUUUAUCAUAACAUGUAUCUUGUGCCAAAUGGAGACAAUGAAGGCCUGAAAGUGCCAAACUUCGGAUAAUCACCUUGUUAGAGGUGCAGAAAUCACUUAAAUAUCUGUCGUGAAAUAAACACCUUUGACUGUUAAUAUCCCUCUAUUCUCGAAUUUCAUCGUUGUUUAUUUGUUUAUCUAGGCAUAAAGGAUUCUGCAGUUAUAUAAAAGUAACACGUUGUUUUCAUCCCUUGAAUUGAAUAGUCCCUCCCAUCGGACAUAUAGCAACAAUUGCAAAGUGGAGUGCUAUGUUUGAUAAUAAACCAUAUUUUUUUUCCAGGAAGUUGAUUGCCCUUUUAUUGUGCCAGCCGAGUACCGUUCCAGUUAUUUCCCAGAGGUUUCUGAUGAUCUUGGUGAAAUGGAGCAUCCAGUUUCACGUUGCUCACAACGAUUUAUCUUGGGGGACAGAUUCCACAAUUCCACCAAGCCACAUAAGUCGCCUCUUUGCUUGUUUCACAAUAUUGAUCUGUGCAAACAGAGCACUACCAUUAAAACAAGCUACCAAGAGUCAGAAAAUUUUAGAAAGAACAUGAAGCGUCUGCGCAGCUCCACUCUUCAAGGCUUUGGACUUCAUUUUUGUUUUAAUUUCCUGAUGGACUACUACCAGAAUGAGGCAAUUGUGAUGCAGCAAGAAUGCCUUUUGUCCAAGCAACUAAAAGAGGGUCAGCAGUUAGUGAGAGACAAAUACCAUAGAUUUACUGUAGUGAACAGUGUUCCUUCAUAA